AUGCGAGCAAUCCUCCUGGUGACGGUGUCUGCAGCACUGCAGGUAUCCAAGAAAGCCAUGUUCUCCAUGUUUGUGAUUGUCACGGCCAUUCUCUCAGCUCCCAUUCUGGUGGCCGCCGCCGCUGCACCCACUGUAGCCUCUCUCAAUAGCAGCUUGACAUUUAUCUUUCAGAACAACCUGAACUAUAGCGACUAUAUUAACCACCAAGGCGCAAUACUGAUUGAUGCUGGCACUUUUGCACAAGCAUCUUCGACCUGCUCUUCCUUGAGUGAAAGCGUCAUUGCUCCGAUCAGCUCAUACUUCGUCUCCGAUUUCACCGCGUCUCUCGCGUAUCUUGAAUACGCGUCUCUUGCCACGUUCGGAGAGCGAUUCUGGAUUUCACAGUCCAAUGGUGCUUGCCGCACUAUUGGUAUCGACGGUUCGGUAUCUGCGACCAAUUGCUCGGCAUCUCACAGGGCAUUGUGCUCUCAAAGCGCUGGCUUUUCUGCUUCUCCCUCUUCGUCUAACCAUAUCACGGUAAGAAGCAAUGGCCUUACGUUGACCGGCUACCGCAAUCAGGUCUCUUUCCGUUUUCUCGGCAUCCCAUAUGCCAAUCAGCCGACGCGAUUCACUUAUUCUCCAAUAUAUACCGGCACCAGCACCAUCAAUGCCACUGCUUUUGGAUCCCCCUGCUUACAGCUCGGACGUGGUUCCGAGGAUUGUCUUUUCUUAAACAUCUGGACUCCCUACAUCCCUGCCUCCACCAACCCUCCGGCGUCGUCCUUGAAAGCUGUUCACUUCUUUAUCCACGGAGGUGGAUAUAUCAGCGGUGCCGGUAGUGAUCUUGACGGCGGUGUCCAGAGUUCCAGGGGAGAUGUCGUUGUUGUCGGAAUCAACUAUCGUCUUGGUACGUUAGGAUUCCUCGCUCUAGAAGAUGGUGUAACCAACGGCAACUUCGCCCUCGCGGACAUGGUCACGGCGCUCGAAUGGGUCCAAAAGCACAUUACUGCUUUUGGAGGCGAUCCUAACCGCAUUACAAUUACUGGUCAAUCGGCUGGAGCGGGUGCUCCUGGUAGCAACUUGGAUGGACUGGAUUAUGCGGCAACAUACUCCAACUAUUACACAAUCGCUCAGGAAAUGGCAGUUUCGUACAGUGCCUCUUCGCUCAUAUUGAUGACCGACGUAGCUAGUUUCCUGGUCGUCGAUGGCAAGUAUAUUACGUCAAGCCAACUUCCUGUUUCUGGCUCGGGCCCAGUUGCGAAUGUGAAUCUCAUGAUGGGUAUCGUGAGCGACGAUGGAAACUCCUUCAUCCAAUUUACCAAUACGACGGAUUUGGCCACUGCCAUCACCGAGGAAAUUACCAACAACUCGACUUGGACAAAUGAAAUCAUCAACUCUGGACUCUUCCCGCAACCGAACACUGGAAAUACUGCGCUUGACGUGUUCAAUGUCACUGCUCGUAUCUCAACAGAUGUUCAAUUCCGUUGUCUUGACCAAGCAACUGUUGUUGCCCUUUCAAAACAUCAUCUGAUGAAGAGCAUCUGGUUUUACCAGUUAAACCGGGGCUACAAUGGGUAUGAUCCUAACGGCGUUUGCUCUGCGCCGGCUGCGGCGGGGUACCCGUACGGGAACCCUGAGUUACCACAUUUCAACUGUCACAGUGGUGAGAUGUAUUGGGUCUUCGGUUACGUUGGCCAGCCCGGCACCCCUUUCCGGGAUGAAAACGAUUACAUCUUUGAACAGACCAUCGUUGACCAAUGGACGUCUUUUUUCCGAACUUACAACCCAAACCGGGCGAUUGGUUAUUUGACGGCCCGUGACUAUACGACCACAGCGCAGCAGUUGUCUCAAAACGGACAAUGGCAGGCGUUGACCAACUACCAGUCGCCCACGCUUCGCAUCUUGGCGCAACCAAACUACCAGUCGGCAUUCUUGGCGCAACCCCAGUGCGACUUCUUCAACUACCCACUUAGCUACUACGGAUGA